CUGGGCGGCUGGAGGAAGUAAGAGCCGAACUCAGCCCGGCCUGGCUGGGUGAGACCUUGGUGCCCACGGCCCAGAACACUGGCGGCCAUGGCCGUGGCCCAGCAGCUGCGGGCUAAGAGCGACUUUGAACAACUUCCUGACGAUGUCGCCAUCUCAGCCAACAUCGCCGACACCCAAGAGAAGAGAGGCUUCACCAGCCACUUCGUCUUCGUCAUCGAGGUGAAGACUAAGGGGGGCACUAAGUACCUCAUCUACCGCCGCUACCGCCAGUUCUAUGCCCUGCACAGCAAGCUGGAGGAGCGAUUCGGGCCCGAGAACAAGCUGAACCCCUUCUCCUGCACGCUGCCCACACUCCCAGCCAAAGUCUACGUGGGCGUGAAGCAGGAGAUCGCCGAGUCGCGGAUACCGGUCCUCAACGCCUACAUGAAGGACCUUCUCAGCCUGCCCGUCUGGGUGCUGAUGGACGAGGACGUCCGGCUCUUCUUCUACCAGUCGAGCUACGACUCCGAGCAGGUGCCUCAGGCGCUCCGCCGGCUCCGCCCCCACACCCGGAAGAUCAAGAGCCAGUCCCGGCAAGGCCCCGCGGUUGACCGCUUGGCCGCUCCUCGAGCAGAGGCCCUGUUUGACUUCACCGGGAACAGCAAACUGGAGCUGAAUUUCAAAGCUGGAGACGUGAUCUUCCUGCUCAGUCGGAUCAAUAAAGACUGGCUGGAGCCUUUCUGUCCUCCCCAGGGCACUGUCCACGGAGCCACGGGCAUCUUCCCACUGUCCUUCGUGAAGAUCCUCAAGGACUUCCCGGAGGAAGACGACCCCACCAACUGGCUGCGUUGCUACUACUAUGAGGACACCAUCAGCACCAUCAAGGACAUUGCGGUGGAAGAGGACCUCAGCAGCACCCCACUAUUCAAAGACCUGCUGGAGCUCAUGAGGCGGGAGUUCCAGAGGGAGGACAUCGCCCUCAACUACCAGGAUGCUGAGGGGGACCUGGUUCGGCUGCUGUCGGAUGAGGACGUGGCGCUCAUGGUGCGGCAGGCCCGGCACCUCCCCGCGCAGAAGCGCCUCUUCCCCUGGAAGCUGCAUGUCACCCAGCAGGAUGACUACAGGGUCUACAACACAGCCCCCUGAGCCGCGGUGUCCCCGGGCCCUGAGGGGCGCUGGCCGAGAACCCCAGCCCAGGGAGAUGAGGGCCUGGAUUGGCGGGCCGGGGCCACCGUCUGCUGGACGGCAGAGUCAUCCCCCACUCUCCACGCUCGGUUCUCACUUCAAUAAACC